CCUUGACUGUGAACCCAACAUUAUCUUUGCUCCACUAUGCCAGUCUCGGAUCCGCCAGAAACCCCACAGAACCCCGCCAGCUACAUCGCGGUUCAGGACGUGAACCCCAGCGUCGACAUGUACGGCUCCACCACCGAUAUUCCAUCGCUUCCCGACGUGUCCAAACAGGACACACAUGCCGAUGUGGCCGCCCUGCGUGCCAGCUUCGCCACGGGCGCUACCAAGGACCUUAAGACACGCAAGUCGCAACUGCGAGCUCUUCAGCGACUUGUGAACGAGAACGAGGCGGCCAUCAAUGAGGCUGUGUGGAAGGACCUACACAAACAUCCACUGGAGCUCUUCGCCACGGAGGUUGCGCUGCUCAAAGCGGAGAUCCAGGACUUUAUCGACUAUGUUGACGACUGGUCCAAGCCCAAGAUCAAGCCUACUAACAUUGUCAACCUACCGGGCUUGUCCUACAUUAGACCUGAGCCUCUAGGCGUCGUCUGCGUCAUUGGCACGUGGAACUACCCAAUAAACCUGCUGCUGAUGCCGCUGGUAGCCGCUCUGGGAGCUGGCAACUGCGUCAUCGUGCGACUACCUGGAGACGACACCACGCGCUUCUUGAACAAUGUGCUGAUCCAGUUGUUCGACAAAUACAUGGAUAAGCGCUACGUGCGUGUGGUGUACGGAGGUGUCGAGGAGACCAAGAAGAUGCUACAAGAGCGCUACGAUCUCAUCUUCGCCACAGGUGGCAACUUUCUGGGUAAGAUUGUGGCUCAAGCUGCGGCGCAGUAUCUGACACCUACGGUCUUGGAGCUGGGAGGCAAGUCUCCUUGUAUUAUUGACAGCACGGCGGACUUGAAACUGGCUGCGAAACGUAUUGCCUGGGGAGCGUUCGUCAACGGAGGACAGACGUGCGUUCGCCCGGACUAUUUGCUGGUGGAUGCAAAAGUGGGUGACCAGUUUGUGAAGCUGCUGGAAGGAGAACUAGAUGCGCAGUAUGGAGGCGUCAAUGUGAAGGAGUCGGACAGCUACGGCCGUGUGAUUAACCAGCGUAUGUACGACCGCUUGAUGCGCAUUUUGGACAGAGAUCGCAAGCACGUGGCGUACGGUGGCGAUGCUGACGCCAAGCAGCGCUUUAUCUCACCAACGCUGCUCAAUUUCCGCGCGGAUUUCGACUUAUUCGUGUCCAGUGCUUCGAUGGGCGAAGAGAUCUUUGGCCCAUUGCUGCCAAUCUACUACUACACCUCAGGCGAUUUGGACGAGCCUAUCAAGUUUGUUAUUGCACGGGAGAAACCUCUUGCACUGUAUCACUUCAGUUCCAAUGGCAAGAACAAAGAACGUGUCGUGAACGAGACAUCAGCAGGCAGCAUGAUGGUGAACGACAUGCUCAUGCAGCUCUCGAAUGCACACGUUCCUUUCGGUGGCGUCGGCAACUCUGGCAUGGGUGCUUACCACGGUCAUUACGGGUUUGAGGCAUUCUCGCACUUCAAGACGGUGAUCUACAAGAACGGGAUGCUGGAUCUGCCCCAGCGCUAUGCGCCGUACACUCCAUCGAAGCAAUUCAUCCUUCGCAUCGCGAUGUAUCCGUUCACUCGACUACACAUGCGCCUGCUUAAGUCGCUUGGUUUCGCUGCGGUGCUCGCUAUCAUCGCUGUCAUUAUCAGAUACUCCGUUUGAGAAGACGCCAAGCCAAUGGUUCUUCAUCUUUUUUAUUCCCAACUAGCCAGGAAUUGGCAUAACAAUCAGGCAGUAGUGCCGUUCUUCCUACUUGCUGUCUUUGCUGUCCAUUCCUACUGCGUCUUUCUCAUCGUUGUUCGUACCUUUCGCCCCUUUUGCUCCUCCAUCGUCUUCUAUAUCUUCUGGACCCUCUUCAUCCUUGCUGGGCUUACCCUCCGAGCUCUUACGUUUUCCAGAAGUCCUCGAAGCAGUAUCACAGUCUUUCGCAUCAGCGCGACGGUUUUCGACAGAGGCACGUGCUCGCAUCGACUUCAUCAG